AGAGACGAGAAAUCCCCAUACUCCCACCCGAGUCGGUGGGCGAGGGCGCCUGGCCACGCUGCCGGGGCCGCAGGGCCGCCAAGAGGCAGGUGCCCGCAGCGCAGGUGGGCGCAGGGCGCGAGUGCCUGCACGCUGGGGGCCGGGGGUCUGCGCCCUGGAUGGGGGUGCUGGGCUCGGUCUCCCAACCCCGCGCCGGCCAGCGGGUCCCAGGUGCGAAACAGGACGCUAGCUCUUUAAAAGCGUCCGGGGCCGAGCCUGGUCGGACCAUGUGAUUGCUGGCAGGGCCGGGCUGAGGCUGCGGCGGGAGCCCGAGGAGGAUGAGCGAGCGGCCGGAGCCCAGCCCUGUCCGGCGCGCCCCCCGAGGCCCGGGUGGUACCGGCUGCCCGCGACUUCGGGCACAGCCUCUGGGACCCCCAGGAUGGUGCCCGCCCCGUGCCCCUUGGUGCCCACUCGCUGAUGUGCCCAGCUUGCACCCACCAUGCCGCCCACCAUCUCGGCCUACCAGGCCGCCUACAUUGGCAUCGAGGUGCUCAUCGCCCUGGUCUCAGUGCCUGGCAACGUGCUGGUCAUCUGGGCAGUGAAGGUCAACCAGGCUCUUCGGGAUGCCACCUUCUGCUUCAUCGUGUCACUGGCCGUGGCUGACGUGGCAGUGGGCGCCCUGGUCAUCCCACUUGCCAUCCUCAUCAAUGUGGGACCCCAGACAUACUUCCACACCUGCCUCAUGGUGGCCUGCCCUGUCCUCAUCCUCACGCAGAGCUCCAUCCUAGCCCUGCUGGCCAUUGCCAUGGACCGCUACCUCCGCGUCAAGAUCCCCCUCCGGUACAAGACGGUGGUGACACCCCGGAGGGCGGCGGUGGCCAUCGCGGGCUGCUGGAUCCUGUCCCUGGUGGUGGGCCUGACGCCCAUGUUUGGCUGGAACAACCUGCGGGAGGUGGAGCGGGCCUGGGAGGCGAACGGCAGCACAGGCGAGCCGGUGAUCAAGUGCGAGUUUGAGAAGGUCAUCAGCAUGGAGUACAUGGUCUACUUCAACUUCUUCGUGUGGGUGCUGCCUCCGCUGCUGCUCAUGGUCCUCAUCUACCUGGAGGUCUUCUACCUGAUCCGCAAGCAGCUCAACAAGAAGGUGUCGGCCUCCUCGGGGGACCCGCAGAAGUACUAUGGCAAGGAGCUCAAGAUCGCCAAGUCGCUGGCCCUCAUCCUCUUCCUCUUCGCCCUCAGCUGGCUGCCGCUGCACAUCCUCAACUGCAUCACCCUCUUCUGCCCCUCCUGCAACAAGCCCAACAGCCUCAUCUACAUCGCCAUCUUCCUCACGCACGGCAACUCGGCCAUGAAUCCCAUAGUCUAUGCCUUCCGCAUCCAGAAGUUCCGCGUCACCUUCCUUAAGAUCUGGAACGACCACUUCCGCUGCCGGGCCCGGCCGCCCAGUGACCCCGAACUCCCCGAGGACAGGCCCGACGACUAGGGCCACCUGCCACACCCAGGCCUCUCUGUCCAGCCCCAACGCCCCUCCUCAGCCUCUCCUGACUGGGCUGUGGGUGCUCUGCACCUUUGGGCCCUGGAGGAGGUUUGGGGGUGGAGGGUCGGGCCAAGAAGGAAAUGGCUGGAGCCUCCACAUCUGCCCAAGCAUCCAGUGCUCACCUGGGCAGGGCCUGUGCUCACCUGGGCAGGGUUUGGGCUCUCCUGGGCGUGGCCUGUGCUCACUGGGGUGGGGCCUAUGCUCAUCUGGGCGGGGCCUGUGGAACUGAGACCUCAGCGGGGCCAGGUGGGCAGGUUAGGGUUUCAUAGGCAGUGGUGAGCAACCCUGGGACCAAGUUUAAAGACAGAAGGAGGAUGCCUUCAAGAUAGUGGGAAAGAGAGAUGCCAGAUGUCCUGGCCUUGCUUUCUCUCCUCUGGAGAGAAGUUGCGGUACAUGAUUCAGGGAGCCCGAGCCCCCACCAGGGUUCCUCAAAUCCCCAGGACCCUGUGUGCCCAGCCAUAUUGGGAGUCAGGGUACAUUCCCUCCGUAUCCUUGGGAGCCCAGGAUUAUACUUGGGAGAGGGAGAAAGAUUGAGUCCAGAAAACAUUUCCAACACUAGCUUUAUUUCCCACCAAUUCUUGAACCCUGGGGGUCCCGGUAUGCCCCUGUCUCCCAUAUGUGUGUGGAGUGGUAGAUGUGGGUUUAAACAGUCAGCAGGUGGCAGCACUGAGCCAAGGAGGAGUCUGGACUGGAACUACCUGUCCCCUGGGCCGCCAGCUCCAUCCAUCCCCUGUGACAGGUCAGGGCCCUCCUAGGUGACUCCAUCACUGCUGCUCCUGGGCCACACAGGGAGGGCUGCAUGAGGGACAGUGGGCUUCACGUGGGCACUGGAGGAGGAGGACCAGAAUGUAGGCCCUCUUGAGAAUGUGGGCAGGAAGUUCUUGCUGGUGUUUAAGUGACAUGGCAUUUAGCACUUUUGAGGGGGCUUCAGGAGUUCUGUUCUAGAGUUUAGGCUCUUGGGGCAGGUGGGGAAGGGCAUAGGCCCAGCCAAGCCCAGAGCCCCUUGUUGGGAGGGCGAUGGCAUUCUCAGUGUGAAGAAUUCCAGGGCUUUUGAUUCAAGGGCCUCCCCCCUCGGAGGUGGGGGUGCCCUGGCUGCUAGGAAGGGUCACAUGACUAAUAAAAGACUGAAUCUUCA